AUGGAUAUCCAGGAGAGACAGCCUCUUUUAAACUCAUCAAGUCAAUCCAACAUUAUAUCUGACAGCUCUCAACAAGAACCACUCGACCUUUUAACCGAUGAUUUCCCCCACUAUAUCCCGAUACUCUACCAGGGACGCACUACAGAAAGAGCAUCAACUGUCGUUUCGCAAGUGAUUGGGAGCGGGAUCUUCGCAACACCAGGCUCAAUCGUCAGAUCCGCUGGAAGUAUUGGAUUGACCUUGCUAGUAUGGCUGGUUGGGACGAUAUUAUCAGCUUGCGGCCUAGCCGUCUUUAUGGAAUUCGGAUGCAUGCUACCUCGCUCGGGAGGACAAAAGGUGUACCUCGAGUAUACCUAUCCCCGACCGCGCUUUCUCGCGUCAAGCCUUAUAACAGCUCAGGUAGUGCUCCUGGGGUUCACGGCGAGCAACUGCAUUAUCUUCUCGAAAUACGCGUUCUUCGCGCUGAGUAUUGAGCCUACCGAAAUCCAGCACAAGGCACUCGCUGUUGGCCUCUUGACUGCCAUUACUAUUGUCCAUGGUUGUUUCUUGAAAACUGGCAUCUUUGUCCAGAAUGUGCUUGGCUGGGUGAAGAUCUUCCUCAUCGGCGCGAUGUCCUUGACGGGAGUCUGGGUGGUUUUUCUCGGUUUGCAUGGAGAUACUGAUAACUUAUCGCCUGUAGAGAGAGUUGGUCCGUUUUCUUGGGAUUCGUUGUGGGAAGGAUCGAACUGGAGCUGGAGUCUGCUCUCGUCGGCUUUGUUCAAAGUCUACUAUUCCUAUGCUGGCUUGAGCAACGUGAAUAAUGUCCUCAGUGAAGUUCAUGACCCGGUGAAUAUAGUGAAGACCGUGUGUCCCACUGCACUGGUCACGGCUGGGGGCCUAUACUUUCUUGCGAAUCUUUCAUACUUCCUCGUCAUUCCGCUCGAAGAGAUCAAGAAUAGCGGAGAAUUAGUGGGUGCACUGCUAUUCCAGAGAUUAUUUGGGGAUCAGGUUGGAAAAAUAUUCUUUCCACUUGCUAUUGCCAUUUCAGCUGCCGGGAAUGUGAUGGUGGUGACCUUUGGCUUGGCGCGUGUGAAUCAAGAGAUAGCCCGACAAGGCUUUCUUCCAUGGCAAAACAUUCUAUCGUCUUCGCGGCCAUUUGGGACUCCACUGGGGGGACUUAUUGUACACUAUAUCCCUUCUAUGCUGGUUCUUGCCCUGCCACCACAAGGGGACGUCUAUAACUUUAUCCUGGAUUUGGAGGGAUAUCCUGGACAGAUGUUUGCCUUGGCUAUUACAGUCGGUCUGCUUAUAGUAAGAUACCGGGAGCCUGAUCUUCCACGGCCCUUCAAAGCGUGGUUGCCGGCUGUCUGGUUACGGGUUGUGGUGUGUUUAGUCCUGCUAGUAGCACCAUUCGUCCCUCCGCCGAAUUGGCGCGACCUCGAUCUCUUCUAUGCAACCUAUCCACUUGUCGGGAUUGGAAUUAUGCUCUCUGGGGUUCUCUACUGGUAUAUCUGGACAGUGUUACUCCCACGAUGGAGAGGCUAUAAACUCGAGGAAGAGAAACAUAUUCUGGCCGACGGAACUAGCAUCAUCAGGCUUGUUCAUUCAUAUGAUAAGUGA